UUGCCGCGCAGAGGUAAUUGCCACAUUGCUAGCAGACGACAAGCGUCAUAGAAUUUCAAAUUCUUGUUAAGUCAUGUUUAAUCCAUCGGAUACGAAAGUUGUGAAGGAGGAGAAAGUGAUGGCGUCUGAUCCUGAAGCCACUAAAAGGCGCAUGGCCUUCAGGAAAAGUUACAGUCUUGAGCACCCUGAGAUGUGGAAGAGACGUAGCCUGAUCGACGACGCCAAGUUCGAGACGGUCACUAACCUCGAGUUCGAGAAACAGGAGAGGCUCAGUUCGGCUACAUCGCCUUCCAUAUCCGAAGAAGACAUCUUCACAGCCACCAAUGGCGAAGUCUUCUCUGGGGCGCCAGAUGAGAGCGCCCAAAGGUGUAACAUCAUGUUCGCUCUCAAGUACGGCAUGACAACAUUGGGGAACGUCUUCACGACGUUUGAGACAAACAAUUGCACAAUCCUCCACAUCGAGUCGAGGAAGGCAAAGCGAAAGACGGCAUCGUUUGAGGUCUUGGUGAGCGUGGAGACGACCAGGGACGAUUUCAUUUGUCUGAUCAAAGAUCUGAAGAAAAAUUCCAACUUGAUGGAUGUCAGCCUGUACCAGGGACUAGAACCGCCAAGGGAACCAGUGUGGUUCCCUAAACAUAUUUCGGAGUUGGAUGGGUGUACACAUCUUAUCACUAAGUUUGAACCAGAACUUGACUGUGACCACCCUGGUUUCACUGACAAGGGGUACAGAGCGAGACGAAAAGAAAUAGCUGACAUUGCCUUCAGUUACAAACAAGGCGAUUCCAUCCCACGAAUAGAAUAUAACGAGGAUGAAAUCAGAACUUGGGGUGUCUCUUACCGACAGUUGAAGGAACUCUUCCCCACGCAUGCGUGUCAGCAGCAUAUAGAUGUGUUCAAAAUUUUGGAGAAGGAGGCAGGAUAUUCACCAGACAAUGUCCCACAACUAGAUGAUGUUUCUAACUUUUUAAAAAAACGAACCGGGUUUCAACUGCGUCCCGUGUCCGGACUCUUGUCAGCCAGGGACUUCUUGGCCAGUCUUGCAUUCCGAGUGUUCCAGUGCACGCAAUACGUGCGACAUCAUUCUAAACCGUUGCAUUCGCCUGAACCGGACUGUAUCCAUGAGCUUCUUGGUCACGUGCCCCUUCUCGCCGACCCAAGCUUCGCAGAGUUUUCUCAGCAGAUUGGUUUGGCGUCCCUCGGCGUCUCCGAUGAUGACAUCGAGAAAUUCGCUACGCUCUACUGGUUCACAGUGGAAUUCGGCCUGUGUCGUCAGAACGACAACAUCAAGGCGAUAGGCGCGGGCCUGCUGUCCUCCUUCGGCGAACUGAUGCACGCCCUCUCUGAUGUCCCAGAACACCGACCGUUUGAGCCAGAGAAGACGGCCUUGCAGACCUACCAGGAUGCUGAUUACCAGCCUAUUUAUUUUGUCUCUGAAUCCUUUGAGGACAUGAAGGAAAAACUAAGGACCUAUUCCCGAAAUAUCAAACGUCCAGUCGACAUCACCUACAACCCGUUCACUCAAUCAAUAGAGGUCCUCAAUGAACCAGAGACGAUGAAGUGUUUUAUGGGAACCAUCGGGAGACAGUUACAAGCUGUACAGGAUGCCAUCGGACGACUUUAGACCACACUGGUCGGCGAAGACUUCGAUGAAAUUCUACUUCUCGGUCCAAAACGAAGACAACAAGGAUUACGGAAUUUUGUGUGUGAGCCAUCAAUGAAUUCUAUCAUCCUUCAGACUUUUCUCGGACAACCGAGGAAAUCACGGAAGCGAGUGCCUUUCUCAGAUUUCUGUGAGUACCAGUGUAUCAUUGGGAUGAUUGGAUAAAUAUUAUAGUGGACUCCAGGUCGUACAACUGAUCAUGAAAUGGGCUGGCAGGUAGCUGGGAGUAGAAAGAAGGACGCUCCUCUGGACGUCUCAGUCUUGGGACAAGGACUAUGAUUCAUGAUAAUAUAUAUUGGCAAUAACCUACAUGUAGUGUACUUAGUAUUGUUUAUUGAAGCCUGUACCUCGCCGGACAGGGCUAGACGUCUAACUACCCUUAUGGUAUUGGCAAAAAUCGGGACACUUUCGAGACAUUGACUGUAAUCAAAAACUCAUUGCUUUUUCUGUAAUACAAUGUACUAGUAUAUGCCGAUGACACCUGAGAUGUCUUAGAAAUUAGUUGUACUUUGAAGUAAUGAGUUUUUACUGUAAGACAAUGUACUAGUAUAUGCCGAUGACACAUGGGAGGUCUAUAGAAUGUAGCUGUACUUUGAAGUAAUGAGUUUUUGCUGUAAUACGAUGUACUAGUAUAUGCCGAUGACACCUGAGAGGUCUUAGAAUGUAGCUGUAUCAACUGUAAGGAAUUUGUGAUUGGUGAAUUCUGUAAAUGCAAGUGUUGUAUGAUGUGACGUGCUGUAUGUUAGUACUGCAACACUCGGAUUUGGCUCUAUAGUCAGUUUCGUGUUGGCGUCCAUCAGCCCAAUGUUAUCAUCAGAGUGUUAGUUCAGAUUUGUUUGUUUUAUAGAAUCUAUGUUACAACACUAAAAUACACCAACACAAGUUAACAGGCCAGGCUGUAACGCCUGCUUGUAACACUCCUUUUAAUUAGAUGUACUUAAAUUCAAAGAGAGAUGGGAUGCGUUGGAUUCGAGAUCAACUUAAUAUUCUUGUGGUGAGUUAUUCUUUUACGGGAGAGACUCUAUCUUGCUCAUAUAUCAUUCCCACGCACUGAUUACCGAUGUAUGAAUCAUCACCUCCCCUUCGAGGACGAAGAAUUGAAAUAUCUUCGCAUAUGAUCUAUACCUACUAAACCGCCAAAUUUACGAAACUACGAUGCUGAAAAAGACUGGGGAAACUUUCAUGAUUGUUACCCGAGCGGACUACGAAAUUUCUCUUGAUUUUUCAAUUCAAAACUAAAGUAUAUUUUAGCCUUUAUAUGCGAAAUCCUCUAUGAAUGUUCGCACUUUCAGUCGACUUUAUCGUUUCAUCGUUUUGUUCAUCUGAUUUCACCAUAUGUCAUCCAUUUUACAAGCAAUGCACCUUCAUAAGCUUCUUGUAUAGUUGUAUAUGAAAUAAAUAUUAAUGAUUAA